UUAUAAGAAAGAAUCUCAGAAAGUCACGUAACCUUGCCCCAGUUGUUGUCAUUGUGGUUUCUAAGAUUUUUCUGAAGUCUUUAUACAUAUAUGAAAAAUCAACUCUCUACACUCUACUCAUUUGAAUCAAAGGAGUUGAGAGAGGGAGAGGAGGAAAGAAUGGGUAAAAAUGGGUAUCUUCCUCUUUUUGAAACAAAGCCGGCUGGGGGACUUGUCUUCUUCCGCUCCUACGCAGCUUCCAUCUUCAUAGGCAUCUGCUUCAUUUGUUUCCAUAGAGUGAGCUAUUUUCCAGUGACAGAGAGAUGGGUUUGGGUCGGAAUGUUCGUAGCUGAACUUUGGUUUAGUUUUUAUUUCUUCAUCACUGUAAUAGUUAAGUGGAACCCUGUCUUUCGUUCCACUUUCAAAGACAGACUCUCUUCCAGGUUCGAAGACGAAGAAUUGCCAGGAGUAGACAUAUUUGUGUGCACGGCAGACCCAAGAUUAGAGCCACCAACGAUGGUGGUCAGCACAGUGUUAUCGGUCAUGGCUUAUGACUACCCACCUCAUAAGCUAAGCGUCUAUUUAUCUGAUGAUGGUUGCUCCGAUUUGACAUUUUAUGCUUUAUUAGAAGCUUCACGGUUUGCCCAGCUAUGGCUUCCGUUUUGCAGAAAGCUGAAAGUAGAGCCCACAUCUCCUGAGGCUUAUUUCCAGACCACUCCUGAACCAGUGGAUGAUGUAUUCAUGGCCAAUGAGUGGUUAAUCAUCAAGAAAUCAUACGAAGACAUGAAGAAUAGGAUUGAAAGCAUCACAAGUUUGGGCAAAGUUCCAGCGUACAGACGCAAAGAACACAAUGGAUUCGAUGAAUGGGAUUUUGUUCUUAGUCGACAUCAUCAUCCAUCCAUUCUUCAAAUCUUGAUUGAUGGAAGAGACCCUAACGCCAUUGAUAUUGAAGGAAAAGCUUUGCCAACCCUUGUAUAUUUGGCACGUGAAAAGAGACCUCAAAUCCACCAUAAUUUCAAAGCUGGCGCCUUGAAUGCAUUAAUAAGGGUAUCUUCGAAAGUAAGCAACGCACCAUUUAUCCUUAAUGUAGAUUGCGAUAUGUUUUCAAAUAAUUCCAAAGCAAUCAGGGAUGCACUUUGCUUCUUUUUGGAUGAAGGAAAUGGACAUGAAAUUGCUUAUGUCCAAUAUCCACAGGCUUUUGAUAACCUCACUGAAAAUGAAAUUUAUGGUUCCUUGAGAGUUCUAAUGAAGCUUGAGCUUGCAGGAUUUGAUGGGAAUGGAGGGCCCUGCUAUGUUGGAACUGGUUGUGUUCAUAGAAGAGAAAGUCUUAGUGGAAUGAAGUAUAGCGAGGAACUUGCAGUUGAAUUGAAGGCAAUGAAAUAUGAUAAAAAAAUCAUAGGAAGUGCAAGUUUCAAUGAAGAAGACUGCAAAGCUCUUGCAAGUUGUACCUACGAGGAGAAUACACCAUGGGGAAAAGAGAAGGGAGUGAAAUAUGAGAGUUUAGUGGAAGAUGUACUGACAGGAAUGUCCAUACAAAGCAAAGGUUGGCGGUCUGUAUUUUUUAAUCCUCAAAGGGAAGCCUUCUUGGGAAUGGGUCCCACAACAUUGUUGGAUACUUUAAUACAACACAAGAGAUGGGGCGAAGGUGAACUUCAAAUCCUUCUGUCCAAGCAUUGUCCUUUCGUGUACGGUCGUCCAAACAUGCCUCUCAAACUUCAGCUUUCUUAUUGCAUCUACAAUCUCUGGGCCCCAAACUGCUUUGCUACCCUUUACUAUGUUUUUGUGCCUUCUUUUUGCCUGUUUAGAGGCAUCUCUUUGUUUCCUAAGAUAUCGAGUUCUUGGGGUAUACCAUAUUUGUAUGUCAUCUUUGUCCACCGAGUUCACAGUCUUGUGGAAUAUGUAUGGUUGGGGGGCACAGUCCGAGGUUGGUUGAAUGAACAGAGGAUGUGGAUGUUCAAAAGAACAACUUCCUACCUCUUUGCCGCCAUUGACCACAUCCUCAAACUUUUUGGGUUUUCGAAGUCGGCCUUUGCCAUCACCGGAAAAGUGGCUGACGAUGAUGUACACCGGAGAUAUGAGCAAGAAAUCAUGGAGUUCGGGACUUGGUCACCAAUGUUCACGGUUUUAGCUACGCUCGCACUUUUCAAUCUGCUCGGACUCAUUGCGGUAGUAACAAACAAUGUUGCCAUUGGUGAUGCUCGUAUGAAGAUUUUUGACGUAUUCGGUUUUCAGAUACUUCUUUGCUACGUUUUGGUUUUCAUCAACCUACCGAUAUACCAAGGGAUGUUCUUCCGAAAAGAUAGCGGUAAGAUGCCAGCAUCUGUAACACUUCAAUCCGUUGCUUUCGCUCUCUUGGCUUCCACAUUAACCAUUUACUAGUGUCACAGUCAGCGUGUGGUCGACCGAGCCCGAGACUCGCACAGCAGAUUUAAGAUCGGAUUCGAAAUUUCAGAGCGUAAAGCUCCAAGCCUGUAACACUAGGUUUGUAUUUAAAGAAAAAAGGUCAAAAUUAGUCUCAUGUAUAUGUAAUUUUCCUUAUCUUUUCAUCAUAACUUAUAAACUCCUCAAACUUCUAUUUGAAAACUUGGACUGAUCAUAAAAUUAAAAUACACAUGGAAGAUGUUUCGUUUGUGGUA